AUGGCGGCGAUGGGCGGGAGCGGCGGGGGCGACGACGACGCGGCGGAGGGCGAAGGAGCCGGGUUCCAGUGGGAUGCCGACUCCCAGCUCUACUACCACGCCAGUACUGCUUUUUACCAUGACCCUGUCGCUGGAUGGUACUACAGCAGCAGAGAUGGCCAAUACUACAUCUACAAAAAUGGAAAUUACAUGCCAUUGAUGACAGAUCUGGAAAAUGAACCCACAGCAAAGUAUCCGUAUGAUGAGGCCAACCAAGAUGUCUUGGAACACUCUUCAGGCUUGUUAACAGCUACACCUGACAAUGAGAAUGAAACACUGGGACCGCCAUCAGUUCCAUGUUCAACAGCAGGCUUGGAAACAGCUACACCUGACAAUGAGAAUGAAACACUGGGACCGCCAUCAGAAUGGAUGGAGGAAACACUAAUAAACUUGUAUUUGUCAGGCUACUCAAACAGUGAAGUCAAUGCUGAAAGUUCAUUAGGAAACACACAUACAAAUGAGGAAGGCGGAAUUGAGACAACUGGGAGCAAACUGGAUAGCUUGACCUCGGACAGUGCUUCAGUAUCUCUGAAUGAUGCUACAUCAGAGCAAAUUGAAGUUGAAACAGAAACAAAGAAUUCCAGUGAUGUGCAUGAAUCUUUGGGGGAAGAGGAAGAGAAAUGGCUUGCUCAGUAUGGUCAGGUAGAGAGGUUAAAUGAUGAUCAACCUUUACCUCCAACAAUUGAUAUAUGGGAUUGGGAUGUGGUCCAAGAUCAUGUUAGCAAAGGUCAACCUGUGGUUAGGCUUGUGGGGUGCUUAUCUAGGGGUUCAAGUAAGCUUCAUCCUUCUCUGCCUGCUCGUGGUGGCCUUCUAAGGACUGCUCCUGUGCGUGAAGUUCAUCUUGAUCUCGUGCGAGUUUCAACAGGGAAGCUGUACAGGCUAAGGAACCCUAGCAGAAAGCACUUAGCCUCUUUAUCCACAUAUGACUCUUCCAACCCAACAAAAGAUUGGGGGUUUCCUGAUAUUAAGUUGAAUAAGCAGUCCACUGUAAAGUGCCAAUCUGAAGUUCUUACUGAUGAAUCUUGUAUCGGGGGAGGUGUCUCAGCUGCUAAUACCAUGGAGCAAAAGACAAAAGCUUACAGGGACAGAGCUGCUGAGAGAAGGAUCCUACAUCGUGGCUUAGGGUUGGGGCCUGGACAGAAGCAGAGUAACACCAACAAUUUCGAUGAAUACGAGGAACCAAUUGAGGACAUGGAUUCAAUGGGAACUGUGUCGGUUGAUUUGAAUUUCCGAUCCAGCGGCUUGCUUUCUGCUAAGAGAAUAAUGGAGAACAUGGGAUGGAAGGAGGCAUGUGAUUGCCACUCUGUCUAUCGUUUAUGCUUUGUCUGUAUUGCUUCCUAUCGACACAAAUUACAAGAAAGAAUAGGUAACAAUAUUAAUUUACUACUGCUAGCUGCUGAUGGUAACACCAUCAAGAGGUGUAGAUCUAAUCCUUUUGUUAAGUUGCAGAGCAGACAACCACUGUUAGAAAGAGCUGGGAAGUAUGCAACUGCCCUGGCAGCAACUAUCAUGGUAUUUUAUCUUCCUGAGGGCUGGGUUCAAGGCAAUCACGCUCAGUCGCUCACCAUGGAUGCUCCACGCCUAGCUGCUGCGAAGCUGACAUCAAGAACAGAUCCUUCCACCGCUCUUGAUGCUGAAGAGAAUUUUUAG